AGCUCAGCCUUUGUGCGCGCGGACCACGCCCCGGCCACGGUGGAAGCGCCGCGCGGUACCCUAAGCUAGCUAGCUCCCAGCCGCUGCUACAUCCGGGCGCUCCGUUAGGUUUACCCUGCGAAGAUGGCGACUUCAGGGAGGAGUGCACUAUUAUCCUCCACCUCAAGUGGACCUAAGAGCACACUGGAGAAUUCCAACCCAGAAGAAGAAGAUGGACAGAACCUUUGGUCUACCAUCCUGAGUGAAGUGUCCACCCAUUCAAGAUCAAAGCUUCCGUCUGGGAAAAAUGUCCUGGUUAUGGGUGAGGUGGGGUCAGGGAAGACCACCUUAGUGGCUAAAUUACAGGGUAUUGAGGAGUACAUGAAGGGGCGUGGCCUAGAAUACCUCUACUUCAGUGUUCAUGAUGACGACAUUGAUGAUCACACUAGAUGCAAUGCAUGGGUGUUGGACGGAGACCUUUACCACAAAGGUCUGCAGGGAGUAGCCGUUCCAGUGGACUCUGUGGAAAACACUCUGCUCCUGAUAACAGUUGACAUGUCGCGGCCUUGGAAUGCCCUGGACUCUCUUCAGAAGUGGGCUGCCGUUGCUAGGGAACACAUUGACAAACUCAGAGUUGCCCCGGAAAAGCUGCGGGAGAUGGAACACAGAAUUGUUAAACAGUUUCAGGAGUACAUAGAGCCAGGUAGUGGAGAAGAUGGAGUACCUCAAAGGAGAAGUGAAGAGGAGGAGGGUGUACUGCUGCCACUAGGAGACAACACACUGACACACAACCUGGGAAUACCAGUCGUGGUGGUCUGCACUAAGUGUGAUGCUAUCAGCACUUUGGAGAAGGAGCAUGACUACAGAGACGAGCACUUGGACUUCAUCCAGUCCCACAUCCGACAGUUCUGUCUACACCAUGGUGCAACUCUGCUUUACACGUCAGUGAAGGAAAUGAAGAACCUGGACAUCUUGUACAAAUAUCUGGUUCACAGACUCUACGGUUUUCCAUUCCACUGCGGUGCUCAGGUGGUCGAAAAAGACGCUGUCUUCAUUCCAUCAGGCUGGGACAACGAGAAGAAGAUUGCCAUACUUUAUGAGAACUUCCAGACGGUGAAAGCAGAUGACAACUACGAGGACGUUAUAGUCAAACCGCCCGUCAGAAAGAUUGUUCAUGAAAAGGAGAUACAGGCAGAAGACGACCAAGUGUUUCUGGUAAAGCUGCAGUCACUACUCGCCAAACAGCCCACUGUGACAGCAGGGCGGCCAGUGGACACCUCUAGCAGGGCACCAACAGGCUCCCCGAGGACGAGUAAUCGCUCUGCAGCAGCCAAUGUAGCGAACGCCAUGCCACAGUCUGGUAGGUACACGACCCUUCGAGCGCACUGCUUUGUUCCUGCAUUGAGGAUAUUUUCACUUUUGUGUCUUGAUGCUGCAGGUCAGACCAGUGAAGGUGUGCUGGCCAAUUUCUUUAACAGUCUACUGACAAAGAAAGCGGGUACAGGAGCCCCGGGGACACCGGGCGGCGGUAACAAUACUCCAGGAACUGUUCGGAAGUCAGGUUCAAAGCUGGGCCUGGGCGACGUCCAGGCAGAGCUGGACCGCAUAUCCAGUCGGGAGACUGACUCAGACUUAACCAAUGCCAACGACACCCCAGCCACCGACGGCCAGGACACAUGAAGCCCAUCACACUUCUCCUUGUCUCCUCUCAUCACCUGAGUUACGGUCAACCUCCCCCUUCUUCCCGCCAUGUUCCUCCUUCCGCUUCAUCGUAAAGAUGUUAGGGGAAAUUAAGGGGUGGAUGUUCUUUCCCGCCAUCUUUCCAUUUUUUUCCUCAAGAAAGAACUUUCUUCAUUCCUUCCCUCACCUACACGUCGCUCCCGACGCACCUCGCUUCUUGGCUGUUACACCAAGGAACUAAUACUUGUCACUUUUACAUGCAAGUCUGUUUGUUACGUGAAAAGGAAGGCGGUAAGAGGGAUCUGAAAAUGGAGUGAGUGGAAAAGGGAGAAGUGGAUUCUGAGAGGUCGACUACAAAAAAAAUGAAACUGGAUGUUUUAUCCAUCCGUUUUUUGUGACGGUGCAGUUAGUGUUUUUACUUUAGAAAAAGGCAAGGGUGCAUUGGCUUAAAAGGAAGAUAUUGAGGACAAAAGUGUUCUUGAUGAAGGGAAAAACGUGUGUGUGUGUAUGUGUGUGUGUGUGUGGGUGUAUCAGAGUUGAACAAAACUGUAAAAAUGAGCAAGCAGAGCAUGACGAGCAAACUUUAUUCCAUUUCAAUAUGUUUUAUUUAUUUAUUUUUUGUUAUGUUUUUUCUUUUUUCUUUGGCUGUUUGCAUUCCAACCAAAUCCUAAAGAUGCUAUCACACUACUGUUGCAGCCUAAUUGAAAUAUAAUUUAACUGAAUGGAAACGUACUUUAAGCUGGAUUCAAAAGCACUACAAUUGGUUUUGGUAACUGGUCUCCAACUGGCCAUGGAGGAUCUGCAUCCACUUCAACCCUGUAAAUAGAGCACUGAACAGAACGGACGUUUGGGGGUGAGCUUUAUUUGUACAAGGAAAAGCACUAGUGAUUUAAGUUCCAUAGUUACUGCUUAUGGGCUGAUUAGAAAACGGUAGCGUUGGGGGGGCAGGAUGUGGGAAAAAUUGCAUCAAGAAUGUACAGUCAUCGCCUCGCUGAUUGGUCCUGUUAUUUCAGAGCUCCGUGUUGGCGUUUAUAUAAUCUGAUCUGUCAAUCAGUUAAAUAAAAGGUGUAUUUAUUCGGA